AGGUUGAAAGGCUUGCUGAGGUACAUGGUGAAACAGCUGGAGACAGGAGACGUGAAUAUUGAUGAGCUGAAGAAGAACUUGGAGUACACUGCUUCAUUGCUGGAAGCUGUCUACAUAGAUGAGACCAGGCAGAUCCUGGACACGGAAGAUGAGCUCCAAGAGAUCAAGUCUGACGCAGUACCCUCAGAGGUGCGGGACUGGCUGGCUUCCACUUUCACCCAGCAGACGCGGGCCAAGGGGCGUCGUUCCGAGGAGAAGCCCAAGUUCCGCAGCAUCGUCCAUGCUGUUCAAGCUGGCAUCUUUGUGGAGAGGAUGUUCCGUCGGACGUACACGGCUGUGGGGCCCAACUAUUCUGCCUCAGUCAUCAACUGCUUGAAGACUCUUGACCUCUGGUUUUUUGAUGUUUUCGCGCUGAAUAAAGUGAGUGAAGACCAUGCCUUGCGCACAAUUGUCUUUGAGCUGCUUACCCGCCACAAUCUCAACAGCCGCUUCAAGAUCCCCACGGUGUACCUCAUGACCUUCCUGGACGCGCUGGAGGCCGGCUAUGGGAAAUACAAGAACCCUUACCACAACCAGAUACAUGCUGCUGACGUCACUCAAACUGUACACUGCUUCCUGCUUCGCACUGGCAUGGUGCACUGCCUGACAGAAAUUGAGGUCCUGGCCAUUAUCUUUGCAGCUGCAAUCCACGAUUAUGAGCACACAGGUACCACCAACAGCUUCCACAUCCAAACCAAGUCAGACACAGCCAUUUUGUACAACGACCGCUCAGUGCUGGAGAACCAUCAUAUCAGUGCCGUCUUCCGUAUGAUGCAGGAAGAGGAGAUGAACAUCCUCAUCAACUUGACCAAGGAUGAAUUUGCGGAGCUCCGGUCGCUUGUGAUCGAAAUGGUUCUAGCUACAGACAUGUCCUGCCACUUCCAGCAAGUCAAAUCCAUGAAAACGUCCCUACAGCAGCUUGAGCGGAUUGACAAGUCCAAAGCGCUGUCCUUGCUUCUGCAUGCAGCUGAUAUCAGCCACCCUACCAAACAAUGGACAGUACACUCCCGAUGGACCAAGGCCCUGAUGGAGGAGUUUUUCCGACAGGGGGACAAAGAGGCUGAACUGGGAUUGCCCUUCUCCCCGCUGUGUGAUCGCACGUCCACAUUGGUGGCCCAGUCACAGAUUGGCUUCAUCGAUUUCAUUGUGGAACCCACUUUUCAAGUCCUGACAGAUGUAGCGGAGAAGAUGGUCAUCCCCUUGGUGGAGGAAGGCUCCAAGAACAAACCUCCCAGCCAGAGCAGUUCCCACUGGCGCCAACCCUCUGUGGAUGAGCAUGCUGAACUGGGAGACAUCAACGCUGACAUCAACAGCUUCCGUUCCACCUGGACAAAGUACAUCCAAGAGAAUAAACAGAAGUGGAAGGAGCGAGCAGCCAGCGGAAUCACUAACCAGACCUCCAUUGAUGAGCUCUCGCCAUGUGAGGAGGAGGCUAGCACGCCCGAGAACCAGCACAAUCAGAACGGCAACAUGGAAUAGCAUGGCCCACGCAGGAGCGAGGUGCCCGAUGCAAUUUACUCCAAAGUCUUCGAUACCAUCGACUCAGCACCAUCCGUUGAGGGACAGAGCCCCCCACCCCGGCUCGAGAAGGGUGUGACAUGAAUGUGACCAUCAAUACUACUAGUAAUAAUAUUAAUAAUGAUAAAAGCAACGUUAAUGAGUCAACAAUGUCACCAUCACACAGCACGCACUGCCUGCCCCUUCCCCGAGUUGGAGAAUGAGGGGGAGAGAGAGAGAGAGAAAGAGAGAGAGGACCGCCUGUAUAG